CGGCGGCGGCGGCGGCGGCGUGGGGACGACGGCCUCCAGCCCGGCCGCCAUGAGCACCAAGCAGGUCACUUGCAGGUAUUUUAUGCAUGGUGUGUGUCGGGAAGGCAGCCAGUGCCUGUUCUCACAUGACCUGGCGAACAGCAAGCCGUCCACCAUCUGCAAAUACUAUCAGAAGGGCUACUGCGCCUAUGGAGCACGGUGCAGAUAUGACCACACGAGGCCUUUGGUUGCGGCAGGUGGGGCUGUGGGCCCUGCGCCCCAGGCCACGCCCUCCUCAGGCUUUCACAGUCCUCACCCUCCUCCUGACCUUGCUGCAUCCAUGAGGACGUUCACGCCCGAGCCAGGAAAGCGGGAGAAGAGGACACUGGUGCUUAGAGACCGCAAUCUCUCUGGCCUGGCUGAAGAAAAGUCUCUCCCAAGCAUGGCGAGUAAUCCAGGUAGCUGCAGCAACCCCCAUACUAGCCCAGAGAUGAAGCCCCAUUCCUACCUAGACGCCAUCAGGAGUGGCCUGGAUGAUGUGGAGGCCAGCAGCUCCUGCAGCAGCGAGCAACAGCUGUGUCCCUAUGCUGCUGCUGGGGAGUGCCGGUUUGGGGAUGCCUGUGUCUACCUGCACGGGGAGGUGUGUGAGAUCUGUAGGCUACGAGUCCUGCAUCCCUUCGACCCAGAGCAAAGGAAAGCUCAUGAGAAGGUGUGCAUGUUGACAUUUGAACAUGAGAUGGAGAAAGCCUUCGCCUUCCAGGCAAGUCAGGACAAAGUAUGUAGCAUCUGCAUGGAAGUGAUCCUUGAGAAGGCAUCCGCUUCUGAGAGAAGGUUCGGCAUUCUCUCCAGCUGUAACCACACCUACUGCCUGUCCUGUAUCCGCCAAUGGCGGUGUGCCAAGCAGUUUGAGAACCCCAUCAUCAAGUCUUGUCCAGAGUGCCGUGUGAUAUCAGAGUUUGUAAUUCCAAGUGUGUAUUGGGUAGAAGAUCAGAAUAAAAAGAAUGAGUUGAUUGAAGCUUUCAAACAGGGAAUGGGAAAAAAAGCUUGUAAAUACUUUGAGCAAGGCAAGGGGACCUGCCCCUUCGGAAGCAAGUGCCUGUAUCGCCACGCAUACCCUGACGGGCGGCUGGCAGAGCCCGAGAAACCUCGCAAGCAGCUCAGUUCAGAAGGCACCGUGAGGUUCUUUAAUUCAGUGCGGCUGUGGGAUUUCAUUGAAAACCGAGAAACCCGGCAGGUCCCCAACACUGAAGAUGUCGACGUGACAGAGCUUGGGGAUCUCUUCAUGCACCUUUCCGGAGUGGAAUCAUCGGAACCCUAGAGACAAUGAUGGCCCCAACUUUG